GGACCGCGCUGCCGUCGCCGCCGCCGUCGCCGCCGCCGCCCCGCCGAGGGCCGGGACGCCCCCGCCAUGGAGGCCAACUGGACCGCGUUCCUCUUUCAGGCACACGAAGCCUCCCACCACCAACAGCAGGCAGCACAGAACAGUUUGUUGCCUCUGCUGAGCUCUGCUGUUGAGCCGCCCGACCAGAAGCCGAUUCUGCCCCUACCAAUAACGCAGAAACCUCAGCCUGCCCCCGAGACGUUAAAGGAUGCGAUCGUUGGGAUUAAAAAGGAAAAACCUAAAACCUCCUUCGUGUGCACUUACUGCAGCAAAGCUUUCAGGGACAGCUACCAUUUGAGGCGUCACGAGUCCUGCCACACAGGGAUAAAGUUAGUGUCACGGCCAAAGAAAACUCCCACCACAAUGGUGCCCCUUAUCUCCACCAUCGCCGGGGACAACAGCCGCAGCUCGCUGGUGUCGACCAUCGCCGGCAUCCUCUCCACGGUCACCACGUCUUCCUCCGCCACCAACCCCAGCAGCAGCGCCGGCGCCACGGCCAUGGCGGUGACGCAGACGGUGAAGAAGCCCAGCAAGCCCGUCAAGAAGAACCACGCCUGCGAGAUGUGCGGCAAGGCCUUCAGGGACGUGUACCACCUGAACCGGCACAAGCUGUCCCACUCGGACGAGAAGCCCUUUGAAUGUCCCAUUUGCAAUCAGCGCUUCAAGAGAAAGGAUCGCAUGACCUACCACGUGAGGUCCCACGAAGGGGGCAUCACCAAGCCCUACACCUGUGGUGUUUGUGGAAAAGGCUUCUCGAGGUACCAUGUAGAAAAUCCCAGGCGAGCUCAAGUGUUGGCUUUUCAUAACCAAGAAGGGUUAAGCUAUCAUAGCGAGGGGCUAGGAGAACCAGACAUCUUAGAAGAUUGGCCUGAUCAUUUAAGCUGUCACGUUAAACAUGUCCACUCAACAGAGAGACCCUUCAAAUGCCAAACGUGCACUGCUGCCUUUGCCACCAAAGACAGACUGCGGACACACAUGGUGCGCCACGAAGGAAAGGUAUCGUGUAAUAUCUGUGGUAAACUUCUGAGUGCAGCAUAUAUCACCAGCCACUUAAAGACACACGGGCAGAGCCAAAGUAUCAACUGUAAUACCUGUAAACAAGGCAUCAAUAAAACAUGCAUGAGUGAGGAGACCAGCAAUCAGAAGCAGCAACAGCAGCAGCAGCAGCAGCAGCAACAACAGCAGCAACAGCAGCAGCAGCAGCAGCAACAACAACAACAACAGCAGCAGCAGCAGCAACAGCAGCAGCAGCAGCAUGUAACAAGUUGGCCUGGAAAGCAGGUAGAGACCCUGAGAUUAUGGGAGGAGGCCGUCAAAGCCAGGAAGAAAGAGUGUCAGUUCACCUUUGAGAAGGCUAUAGAGUACGUACCCUUCGAAGCUGCUAACUUGUGCCAAACCUCCACUGCUGCUACUACGCCCGUGACUCUUACUACUCCAUUCAAUAUAACGUCCUCUGUGGCUUCUGGGACUAUCACAAACCCAGUCACAGUGGCAGCUGCAAUGAGCAUGAGAAGUCCAGUCAAUGUAUCAAGUGCAGUUAACAUAUCCAGCCCGAUGAACUUAGGGCAUCCUGUAACCAUAACCAGUCCAUUGUCCAUGACAUCUCCAUUGACACUCACCACACCGGUCAACCUGCCCACCCCGGUGACCGCCCCGGUCAACAUCGCCCACCCGGUCACCAUCACCUCCCCCAUGAACCUCCCCACGCCCAUGACGUUAGCUGGGCCCUUAAACAUAGCCAUGAGGCCAGUUGAGAGCAUGCCCUUCCUGCCCCAGGCCUUGCCCACCUCUCCUCCCUGGUAAAGAACUGCUAAACAGUAUUAAAAAGGAUUAAACCAGAGUCCAGAAUCCUUACCAGCAGGUCUUUC